UGGUUUCAGUCAAUCUGACUGAAAACACGAUUACGUUUCAACAGCAUGUACCAUAUAUGUUAAACGACAAAGACUGUAAGCGGCAGAAGUAAGUCGAGGUGCUGUGCGCGAGUCUACGCGGCAGGGGCGCGUGCGUUUUCUGGAGAACAGCGGCGGGCCGUUUUGGCUCCGGUUCCAACUCCAGUCAGUCUGCCUCCUCAGCCUGCGCAGUCAACCGCCAGCAGCGCCAGCGGGUGCAGGGAUAUCCCGAUGAAAGUCUGGACUCCGCGGAGAAACAGAUGUUGCUGCCAUGUACAACACUUGCAUCCAAAGGAGAACAGAAACUCAUCUGACUGAAGACCUUUUACAAACGUGCAGCUCCCUCGUUGUAGAAACGUUCAGCGACUCUCCUCCAAGACUCAAGUCCGACAUCAACCGCUGUUACAGUCCACCCAGCGAGACUCUUCACUCGUCCAUACACACUUUCCUCUCACAGGACUGGCUUUAUUUCUGGUUCAUUCACAAAUGUCUACCGCACGAUUAAAAGACUACACUCCAAGUCGGCAGCCCUGAACCGGUUACAAAAUGACCUCGAGCAUUGACCGAGAUGACAGCAGCAUUUUUGAUGGGUUAUUGGAAGAGGAUGAAAAGGACAAAGCCAAACGUGUGUCCCGUAACAAGUCUGAGAAGAAACGCAGAGACCAGUUCAAUGUCCUCAUUAAGGAGUUGGGCACCAUGUUGCCAGGCAACACUCGCAAGAUAGACAAGUCUACUAUUUUGCAGAAAAGCAUCGACUUCCUGCACAAACACAAAGAAAUCGCUGCACAGUCAGAAUCAAGCGAGAUCAGACAAGACUGGAAGCCUCUGUUUCUAAGUAAUGAAGAGUUCACCCAGCUGAUGCUAGAGGCCUUGGAUGGAUUUUUUCUCGCUAUUAUGGCUGACGGGAAUAUAAUCUAUGUUUCUGAGAAUGUGACUUCUCUACUGGAGCACCUACCUUCUGAUCUGGUGAAUCAGAACCUUUUAAAGUUUCUGCCCUCUGGGGAGCACUCUGAUGUGUCCAAAGCUCUGUCCUCACAUGUCACAGAAGGAGAGACCCUAACGCCGGAGUACCUAAAAACAAAGAAUCAGCUUGAGUUCUGUUGCCAUAUGCUUCGAGGGACAAUCGACCCCAAAGAACCUCCCGUGUAUGAAUAUGUCAGGUUCAUCGGAAACUUCAAAUCCCUGAAUAAUGUGCCUAAAUGUAACAGAAAUGGUUUUGAAGGAGUGAUCCAGCGAUCGCUUCACUCGACAUUUGAGGACAGAGUGUGUCUUAUUGCGACUGUAAGGCUUGCCAAACCCCAGUUCCUUAAGGAGAUGUGUACAGUUGAGGAGCCUAACGAGGAAUUCACCUCUAGGCAUAGUUUAGAGUGGAAAUUUCUCUUCUUGGACCACAGAGCUCCACCCAUCAUAGGGUACCUCCCAUUUGAAGUCCUGGGUACUUCGGGAUAUGACUACUACCACGUAGAUGACCUGGAGACCCUGGCCAAAUGUCACGAGCACUUGAUGCAAUACGGGAAAGGAAAGUCCUGCUACUACAGGUUCCUCACCAAAGGGCAGCAGUGGAUUUGGCUGCAGACCCAUUACUACAUCACUUACCAUCAGUGGAACUCCAGACCUGAGUUUAUUGUCUGCACUCACACUGUUGUGAGCUACGCUGAAGUACGAGCAGAACAACGGCGCGAGCUUGGAAUUGAAGACUCUCCCCCUGAGCUCACAGCGGACAAGCAGUCCCAGGAUUCGGGUUCCGAGUCCCAACCCAACGCCCCCAGCCUGAAAGAAGUCCUGGGGCGUUUCAACCACAGCCGCACCCCGUCGGCCUCAUCACGCAGCUCACACAAAUCCUCCCUUACUGCUGUUUCUGACCCAGCUCCAUCGCAGAAGAAGAUUCAGGGAGACAGAAGUACACCAGGUCGACAGUCUGUGGAAAUGACAUCACAGCGCAGAUCGUCUGUCAGCAGUCCGCAGUCAAUGAGCUCACAAACCACGGGUCAGAACGUGGCGCCCUUCAUGGUUUCACAGCAGCAGCCUCAGCAACAGCAGCAGCUUCCCAACAACCAAUCGGUGCAGUACUCCAACCAGCUGGAAGCCAUGCAGCACCUGAAGGAGCAGCUGGAGAAGAAAACCAGGGUGAUCGAGGACAACAUCCAGCGGCAGCUGGAUGAGCUGCGGCAGAUCCAAGUGGAGCUGCAGAGGGUGCAGGGCCAGAGUCUGCAGAUGUUCCAACAGAAAGCGGACGACGGACUGAACCUCAGCUCUGCUCAGACUCCCUAUGGCCAGCAGGGGGGGUCACUGGGCAUGCAAGGCCAGGGGGUCCCUGCAGCGCCUCUACAUAACAGCAUACAGCAACAGCACGCAGUCCAGAACCAGUCCCAGCUCUCACAGCCUCAGCACUCGACACUCACUCUGCAGCCUCAACAAAAUCCCCUCCCCGGACCCAUCUACAGUACUAUGAUGAUCCCGCAGCAAAGCCCAGCUAACAUGGUCCAGAUUUCCACAAGCCUGGCACAAAAUACCGGACCCAGCACGCCUGCUGUGGCGACGUUUGCGCAGGACCGUGCUGCUCAGUUAAGGUUUCCUGCAGCUCCUCAUCUGCUGACUAAACUGGUCACGGGACAGAUGCCAUGUGGGGCAGUCAUGGUCCCCCCAACCAUGUUUGUGGGUCAGGUGGUGACGACCUUCGCUCCUCAGCAGGGCCAGACUCAGACCAUCAGCAUUUCUCAGCAGGAGCAGCAGUCCCAGGUUGCAGCCCUGCAGGCAGGACAGGCCCUGCAGCAGCCGCAGUUCCUGCAGACUCCUCGGUUCCUCCAUGGAAGCCAGCCCACCCAGCUGAUCCUUCAGGCCCCGUUCCCUCUGCAGCAGCACAGCGCCUUCGCGGCGGCGGCCCAGCAGCAGCAGAAACAGUUACAGCAGCAGCAGCAGCUGACUGCUCACCGCUCAGACGGCCUGUCCGACCGCCCGUCCACUCAGCCGCAGUAGCCGGCUGAAGUCAGAUUGACCAAAGUCAGGCAUGGAAGUCUUUAAACAAAGGAGUGAUCAUUAGUUCUGCAGAGAACAUGGAGGGAGGAGGAGGGCGUGGCUGUCCACUCUUCUAACAAGGAUCUGGUGUUUGUAAAAAUAAAAAAACUCUGAACAGGAAGAGUUGAGCAGAACAGGGGCCUGGCUCGCUGUGACUCCGCCUUUAGCUUUGCAUCACUAUGGAGUUAAGAUUUUAUCUUCAACAUCUUCGAGCAGAGCAGCCGGAGGUUUGGAUGGUCUUAUUUAGCUGUUCCUGUUUUUCUCUAUGAAAAUAAUUAUGGGUCAGAAAAUAUUUUUAUGAAUGUGGUGUAGAUGGCAGUUUAACUGUACAGUAUAUCAUGUGUAACAUAUAAUGUAAAUAUACAGAAACAGAAAGACCUAAUAUUUUAUAUGAUGCAUGAAAUGCAUAGUGUUUCUUUGCAGCUUUGAAUAUGCUUUUUUUUUUUUUUUUUUUUUUUUUUUCAAGGAUUCUAAGAAAAAAGAUCUGAAAUGCUCAGUGGCUGAUGUUUUCCAACUGUCUCUCUCCCGCGGGGAUGUUUGUGCGUCUGCUUAGCAGACAAUGCUGAAGCUCUGUAUUGUGUCCCGUUUUUUUUUUUUUUUUUUUUAAUCCUUGACAUUUUAUGUUCCACACGGUUUAUAUCAACCGACUGACAGACACAUUUUUUUUGUCAUUUUUUUUCAUGAAAUGAAAACUACCUACUACCAAGAUGAAGCUAAAUGAAAGCUGCAGUAAGCUUUGUCGUCACAGUCAUAUCUUAAUUUAUUUGUCUCACUUCUUUUCUGAAGAUCUUUCAAUCUCCCAUCUCUGGUGUCUGUAUAAUUGUUCAAGAUGCUAUGUUCCACAUUUGAAAAAAAAAAUAUAUAGAAAUGUUUAAAAGGAAAUUCUA